CUCUGCGGUCCAGUCUAGGGGGUCUUAGGUUGGCUGCGAUGGGCACUGGGGGCGGGUGGCCUUGGCUUUGCUGCAGCCGCCGCCGUCCAGGACCUGUCAUCGGGGUCCUGCGUAAGGUCCGGCUGGCACGGACUUGCCUGUGAGGUGGGAUGGACUGGUUGCCGGACCAAGUCCCCUGCAGUUGGCAGGAGUAUGAGGCGGAGUGAUGCACGCCCAGCCGCCCAGCAUCGUUCUAGUUGUCAGAGGCAUCGCUUCGGACUGUGUGCUGCCCGUGGCUUCGUUCCCGAGCCGGGAGCCCCUUUCUCGGGGUUGGACCUACGCUGCGCGGCCAGCGGGAGGUCCCCAAGGACGGAGUCGAAAGGUCAUAUCUUAUGUCAGUGCUGUGUAACGGCAUAGCGACUGCACCUGCAGAACUCGAAUUAGAUCCGUAAUGCCUCCUGCCUGGCUCUUUCAAGAUGGAGGGGAAGCCCGUGGGAGAGCCUGCUCAUGUGGUGUCUAAACUCAAACUUUCCACCAAGGUAGAAAGCGCAGGACACUGGCUGGUGGAAGAUCACGCUCGGAUAUGGGAAGUUUUAAAGACAGAGGAGAGCUCGAUUCAGGACUGGGGUGAAGAGGUAGAGGAAGGAGCUGUGUACCAUGUCACCCUCAAAAGAGUCCAGAUUCAACAGGCUGCCAAUAAAGGAGCAAGAUGGCUAGGGGUUGAAGGCGACCAGCUGCCUCCGGGGCAUACAGUCAGUCAGUAUGAGACCUGUAAGAUCAGGACCAUAAAAGCUGGCACGUUGGAGAAGCUCGUGGAGAACCUGCUGACGGCUUUUGGGGACAAUGACUUUACCUACAUCAGCAUCUUCCUGUCAACGUACAGAGGCUUUGCCUCCACUAAAGAAGUGCUGGAGCUGCUGCUGGACAGGUAUGGAAACCUGACAAGCCCAAACUGUGAAGAAGUUGGAGGCCAAAGUUCAUCAGAGUCUAAGACGGUGAUCAGGAAUGCAAUCGCCUCCAUCCUGAGGGCCUGGCUUGACCAAUGCUCAGAGGACUUCCGAGAGCCCCCUCACUUCCCUUGCUUACAGAAACUGCUGGAUUAUCUCAAGCAGAUGAUGCCAGGCUCUGACCCAGAGAGAAGAGCACAGAAUCUUCUUGAGCAGUUUCACAAGCAAGAAGUAGAAACUGACAAUGGGUUUCCCAACACCAUCUCCUUCAGCCUGGAAGAGGAAGAGGAACUGGAGGGCGGCGGGUCUGCAGAGUUCACGUGCUUCUCAGAAGAUCUCGUGGCCGAGCAGCUGACCUACAUGGAUGCACAACUAUUCAAGAAAGUAGUGCCUCACCACUGCCUGGGCUGCAUUUGGUCUCGGAGGGACAAGAAGGAAAACAAACACUUGGCUCCUACGAUCCGUGCUACCAUCUCUCAGUUUAAUACCCUCACCAAAUGCGUUGUCAGCACCAUUCUGGGGGGCAAAGAGCUCAAAACUCAGCAGAGAGCCAAAAUCAUCGAGAAGUGGAUUAACAUUGCUCAUGAAUGUAGAAUCCUGAAGAAUUUCUCCUCCUUGCGGGCCAUCGUUUCGGCACUGCAGUCCAAUUCCAUCUAUCGGUUAAAAAAGACUUGGGCUGCGGUCCCAAAGGACCGAAUGCUGAUGUUUGAAGAACUUUCAGACAUCUUCUCGGACCAUAAUAACCACCUGACCAGCCGGGAGCUACUGAUGAAGGAAGGAACCUCCAAAUUUGCAAACCUGGACAGCAGCGUUAAGGAAAACCAGAAGCGCACUCAGAGGCGGCUUCAGCUCCAGAAGGACAUGGGUGUGAUGCAGGGAACCGUGCCCUACCUGGGCACCUUCCUGACUGACCUGACCAUGCUUGACACUGCCCUUCAGGACUACAUCGAGGGUGGGCUGAUAAACUUUGAGAAGAGGAGAAGGGAAUUUGAAGUGAUUGCCCAAAUCAAGCUCUUACAGUCUGCCUGCAACAGCUAUUGUAUGACCCCAGACCCAAAGUUCAUCCAGUGGUUCCAGAGGCAGCAGCUCCUAACAGAGGAGGAGAGCUACGCCCUCUCCUGUGAGAUCGAAGCGUCUGCCGAUGCCAGUGCCACCUCGCCCAAGCCUCGGAAGAGCAUGGUGAAGAGGCUCAGCCUACUGUUUCUGGGGUCGGACAUUAUCACCAGUAGCACUCCCACCAAAGAACAGCCCAAGUCCACUGCCAGCGGGAGCUCUGGUGAGAGCAUGGACUCCGUCAGUGUGUCAUCCUGUGAGUCAAAUCACUCAGAGGCGGAGGAGGGCUCCAGCACUCCCAUGGACACACCUGAUGAGGCUCAGAAAAAGCUCUCCGAGUCCUCCUCCUCCUGUUCCUCCAUCCACUCUAUGGACACAACUUCCUCAGGGAUGUCGUCCUUGAUGAACCCCCUCUCCUCCCCUCCGCCCUGCAACAACAACCCGAAAAUCCACAAGCGCUCUGUCUCUGUGACAUCCAUUACCUCGACAGUGCUGCCCCCCGUUUACAACCAACAGAACGAAGACACCUGCAUAAUCCGCAUCAGCAUAGAGGACAACAAUGGCAACAUGUACAAGAGCAUCAUGUUGACGAGCCAGGAUAAAACUCCUGCCGUGAUCCAGAGGGCGAUGUUGAAGCACAAUCUGGACUCGGACCCGGCUGAGGAGUACGAGCUGGUGCAGGUCAUCUCGGAGGACAAAGAACUCGUGAUCCCAGACUCGGCAAAUGUCUUCUAUGCCAUGAACAGCCAAGUGAACUUUGACUUCAUCUUACGCAAAAAGAACUCUGUGGAAGAGCAAGUAAAACUACGUAGCCGGACCAGCCUGACGUUGCCCAGGACAGCCAAACGGGGCUGCUGGAGCAACAGGCACAGCAAAAUCACCCUCUGAAGGGAGAGACCAGUGGCCCCUUGCUUGCCAAAGGCAGGGUGGGGCUGAGAACAGGCCGUGGUGAUUGCAGCUACCACCCAGUGUUAGAGGAUCAUUGGUGAGGUGGACAGAUAUUUAUUGAGUACCUCUGGUGUGCAAGGCACUAUGAUAGGCAUCGUGGGGAAAUCGGAGAUGAACUUGACACGAAAAGGAUGAUUCUCUUUGACCUAUCUAAGACCGAAAUGCAAAAUUACCCACAUUUAUAAAUAUAUAUGUAUGUACACAUAUUUGGUAUGUGUGUGUAUAUAUAUAAAUAUGAGGGACUUAUGGGAUAUUCUGGACUAUGGAGAAACAAAUUUGCACAAUGGCCUGGGAAGUCGAGGUCACUUUUUACAGGGAAAUAGAAGGAACUGAGAACCUCGUCUCAUACCUUCCAAGUAAACAGAAUCAACCCUAGGAAUACAGAGUGUCCUUUGUGCCAGUAUUAUAAGCAGCCCAAACUAUUUUUAUAAAGGGAGAGGAUUCCUUUCUCAAUCAAGUGCCACCAGAAAAGAACAACCGCAGAGGCAGGAACUGCCACAGGCUGAAUGAAAGGCCACCUCGGAAAGGGUUUGGAUGAGCCAGUGGCUUUGACCUCUGCUUGCAUCGGCCAAGUUCUGCUACCCCAGGGAGGGCGAGGAGCAGCUUUGGAGGCCUGUCUGAGCCACUGGUCCAGCCAUUGUGACACCUCUGGAGGCAACACAAAACCCAUUUUGAUUUCUGGCAACUGCGUUGUUUGUUUCCCCCCCUGAAGAACAUAUCACAAUCAUUCUUGCACAUACAGCCAUGUUCUAUGGUAACUUAUCAGCCAGAAAGGAAAGCGCAAAAGGAUGAUGGCUCAUGUGGACUCUGAUCCGUCUCGGAAUGCCGCUACUUCAUUGUUUUUUUCUGAUUGCUUUUUGCAUGUGAAACUACAUGUCUGCAGUCUUUUGCCAUCUGGAUCGCAGUACCUCUAUAUUACGUGCAAUGUGUUCCUCAGGUGUAGAAAUUCCUACUGCGAUUGACUGUAACUGAUGAUUUUGAGCCUGUGAAAGAUUUCUGAACAGCGAUUGCUCUGUGAAUAGCCCCUCGGAAGAUGUUCACUGCUGAGAGCAGUGUCCUGUUUUACUUACUGACUUUUAUAGCCUUCCUGUGCCUAGUCAUGGGGAAAGAAAUGGGGCUCCGUAUGUUAUCCAGCUCGUUUCUAAAGAGGUACAUUCUUCCAGAUGGAAUCAAUAACUUUUUUUUUUUUUUCAGGUUUCCACCCUUGGUAUCACUGUAUCACUGUUAAGUGACACUUUUGUCUCCAGUACCACCAUCAUCCUCUCCCUUCCAAAUCUGAGCUGUGGCUGGGGUUUGAACUACAAAGCCAUACGUGGGAUGUUGACGCGUUUAAGAAGCACUUUCAGAAUGUUGUCCUUUUUAAGAAGAAAAUUCUCAAAAUACCAGUUUUUAUUCCAAAAAUAAAGAAUGAACCCAGAUAUGAAGUGCAGAUUGUAAUGUGGAGCUUUUUUUUUUUUUUUCUACCCUGUAAGACAGCUCCCAAAGGUUAUGUGUGAUUUAUGUUACAUAAAUAGCCAUAUGAAAUCUGCAAGAAACACCAGGGUAAGUCUAGAGAUUUGUGGCGGUGGACCAAAGAAUGAAAAUGAGCCAGGAAGGCCUCAGAUUUCCUUUAGGUCUUUCUAGAUCAGACCGAAUUGUAAAGACUGACUGGUUUCAACUAGUUGAAAAGCACUUUUUUUCUGUUUGCGAGGCUGGUUCGAUUUGUGCUUCUGUGCGUGGAGGAGGGAUGGCCAGGGUGCUAGACAUCAUGGGGAUUGAAGGAAAUGUAGCCUCAGCCUGAAUUUCUUGGUUGGAAGGUCAAAAAGAAAAUGUAGAACUGUUGGCCUGGUUUAGGGCGCGGCUACCAAGACAGACAUACGUGUUGUGCCCAUGUGCUCGCCUUGUGUAUUUAUACUGUAUAUGUAGAGUCUAGAUUUAUAUACUGCAAUGUAAAAUAUAUAUAUAUUUUUUUCUUUUUUAAAAAAGACAAUGGAAGUUACAAGUAGAUAAAACAUAGCCUCAUUUAUUUAAUGCCACUUUAAAUGUCUUAAAUUUGUUUCCUGGUGGCCAGCCGGGCUAAUACUUCUAGCUGCUCGCAUGCUUGUCUUUCUGCAUCUCCAUCAUCUGUUUACCUUUUGGUCAAAUUAAUAAACUGGUUUGGGACUUGGUUGGCAUGUGUGGCCAGACCCAAA